GGCGUCGCUAGCGUCCUGAAUCGAUCUGAGAUAAAUACCUUACGUUCCGCAGCGUUUGUUAACAGUUACCGAAGAAACUUUCUGUCGAUUGGGUCGCUGAGAAGUGAUAGGUUUUUCUUUGUUCUGUUUAUAUUCUGAGAUAAUGAUCUUGAGUAAGUGGCAGAUGCUUGGUUGCUGUGAAUACCGAGUCCUUGAAGUCCUAAAGCAACUUCUCCGCUAAUUCGCCAUUGUCUGUUGCCAAAGAACUGAGCUACAUAACUAAUUUGUUUCAUUGCGAAGAAGGUUUGUUGUGUGAACAUUAACAUUUGGUGUAAAGUUGCCUAGUGAACAAUAACGAGAAGUUGUGAGGCGAUGGUGGAGUGAUUUCUAGUGUAAUCAGGUCGCGAUCCACAUCAGGAAACGGCUCCACACGAGCAGAACUUCUUUUUGUCAACCUCGUCAGUAACACUGGCCCCGGUACCGAAAAUCAAAUCCCGCGUUGGAAUGAGGGCUGAUCUUCAACUAUCAAUACGACACACAUCUUCAGAUCACUUUUCUGAACUGGUGGAAGACAUUUAGUAUAGGGUGGCAUGGUAUGGUACCUUGAUUUGCCCAUAUCCUCCUCCUUCUACGGUGUGUUGGUCGCCCUACCCCGCCCCACAUAUUAUUAAAUAAAUUGGGUUGGAAUGCCAGUGUUUUGGUACCUGAAGGCUCUCUCUUAUGUUACGUGGAGUUCCAUUGUUUCUUUGCGAAAAUUUAUUUUGUUCGGAGGCUUCUUGGCAUUUUUAUCAUCUUUUUCGCAAUUCUCUUGCCCGGGUCUGACUGGUCAUUUGUACCUGAAGAUAACGGCCUGUGUGAACAACAGGAAUUAUCUCGCUGUAAAAAACUGGUGUUUCCUGCGUUGGUUCCACGGAGACGGACAUUCCUGUCAGGAACGAGAGGCCGACACCAAAAUGGCACCAACAAUCAGAGGCAUCUGCGACGACAACACAAAGGACUGUGAUGACAUCUUGGUGAAGGAACGACUCAAAUUGUCCAACAAGCAGGGUUCAAAUCACAAACAAUUUGGGCCCUUAAUGGUGGCCUUUGUGGGUAUUCCAGCCAGAGGAAAAACGGUUACGGCCCACAAACUGGCCCGAUAUUUGAACUGGACAGGAGAAGUGGCUAAAGUAUUCACCGUUAGCGAGUAUCGGAGGAAGCUCGUGGAACAGUACGACAGCCAUGAUCUGUUUAGGGCAGACAAUCGUGAGGCAAUGGAAAUACGUAAGAAGAGCUCGGUGGCUGCUAUAGAGGAUGCGGCGCUAUGGCUUAAGGAAGAAGGAAAUGUCGCAGUUUUGGAUGGUACAAAUGCGACCAGAUCUCAACGAGAAAAUGUUUAUGAUUACUGUGCAAAAUUUGGCUGCAAGCUUCUCUUUAUUGAAAGCAUCUGCGACGAUGACGACAUCUUGUCCAGAAAUAUCAAGGAGGUUCUGCAGAACAGCCCAGACUACAAGGACAUGGCCGAGGAGAAAGCACUGGAUGAUUUUCACCACAAAAUCCAGCAUUACUUAGAACAGUACGAGCCCAUCAACCCUAAGCAAGAGCCCAAUCUUCAAUACAUCAAGAUCAUGAAUGAAGGUGAAAACGUGUCGGUUCGCCGUGUGACGGGCCAGUUGGAGGGCCGUAUUUUGGCUUUUCUCUCAAACUUCAAACCUGCAUCAAAGACUUUAUAUUUUUCUCGGCAUGGUGAGAGUGAAAACAACGUGUUGGGCCGAAUUGGCGGUGACACAAAUCUUUCGCCACGUGGGAGAAAAUACGCAAAGUCAUUGGCUCGGCACAUAAACGAGGACAAGAUUGAAGGACUGAAGGUUUGGACGAGCGAACUGUGCCGCACCAAGCAGACGGCCGAAGGCAUUCACGCUCCUGCAGAGCAUAUUGCGUCUCUUAACGAGCUUCAUGCUGGUGUCUGCGAAGGCCUGACAUACGAAGAAAUGCAAGAAAAGUAUCCCCAAGAAUUUGCUUGGCGAGACCAAGAUAAGCUUCGUUACCGAUAUCCCUGGGGCGAGUCAUAUGUCGAUAUCAUGGCUCGAUUAGAUCCUGUUAUUUUGGAACUUGAGCACGACGAUAACGUGCUCGUCGUCAGUCACCAGGCUGUCCUCCGCUGUAUUUUGGGAUACUUCCUGAACAAGAAACCUGAUGAACUACCUUAUAUCAAUGUGCCCCUACAUACUCUCAUCAAGAUAACAAUAGAGGGCUACAACUGCCACAUGGAGUGCACCAAAUUGAACGUAGACUGCGUCGACACGUACAGGAAGCAGCCAAAGAACUGUUCGGCAGAUCGCACAACGGAUGAUGCUCUUCUUACUGUGCCGUCACACUUUGACUCUGUCAAUCUGUGGCAGAUGACAGGUCAGCCACAUCUCAUCACACAGCACUAGAGGACUUCCUUCAUUUAAUUUCAACUUCUCUCUGGCCGCAUCAAUUUCUUUUCUUAUCUCUUAUUCCCAGUUUCUUCCAUGAAUGUUAGCGACACUUCACAGUUGUGCGUCUUGAUACAUUGCGAUCAUUUCCAACUCCCCGUUAAACUUUUGACUAUUACUAAAAAAAUUUGCAUUUUCAAGCAAAAAAUAAAGAGAAAAAUACCAGACCCUGCCUGGGUCACUCACUGGCAAUAAAACUACUAUCUGCGUACACAGUUAACACCCAGAACUUUUUACGAAGUGUUUUCUUAGAAACAGUAGUCAGUGUAUUUACUUGAAUUCUGAUAAAAUUUGGACCUCCUGCUUAAAAGAAAAAUACUUUCUAUGCAAAACUAAACUCAAAACUGAAAUGGAGGUUAAGGUACCACUUAUCACGUAAUUUUCAUUAAAACAGAUGAAUUGAGAUGGCCUUUGAGAAAACAAUUCAACAAAUGGAAGCCUUUCUUCAUGGGUAGCUUAGAAGUAAGAUUCAAGGUCAUCUUAGUCGCAAAACAAAAUAUUUUAGAAUACGGAACUAACUCUUUGUAUCUCAUAACUUGUACAAAUGUUAACGAGUCUUGAAAUUUUUUUUUCCCGACAAUAUGCUUCAUCUUUGGUUUGUUUCAUGUAACGUUACGUCUUGUGUACUGAUAUUUGUAUGCAGUUGUGCCAAUAAUUUUACACAGGAUUCAUCAUUUUGAUGACCAGAUUUUUUUCUUUAAUACUUUGUACAACGCAGUGUUUAAAUAAACAUACACGGUACUUAAGGAAGUGUAGUUUAAAUGUUUGUAUGUAUGCAUUAGUGUAAGUUGUGUGAAUUUUUUAAAAUAUUUUCUAUAGAUUUAUGUAACCGUCGGCACCAACACUUGCCCACAAUGUUCCGUUUCAUUACGGAGCACGUUAUGCAAUGAACGCUCAAAGCGACACGCACAUGCACUACGUUAAGGAAAGACACAAGUGGCAUCUGUGUUUUAAAUAUUCUGUAAUUCAACGUUGUGUGUCGUAGAAUGAUGAUUACGUGUUCCUCGGACUGACGCUGGAACACAGUUGUAAGAGUUGAGUUUGUCAUGGAAGUGAAGAUGUCAAAGUUGGUCUUUUGGGUUGUAAUGCCAUGUGGACUUCAGCCCUGAAGGCGGUGUGUUCCUCUAAAACACUGGUACCCACCUACAUGGUGUCGGAACCCAGAAAACCAUCAACAAAGUUGCACUAAGCUAUAAUGCUGCUGAAUCAUUCAGCUGCAUUGAAUGUCAGCUGGAACUGAAUGAUAAAGUAUAAUAUUAAAAAUGUUUCAUGUGCACAAUCUACAAAAAAAAAAAUGUCAAAGCUUACUAGUGGACUGUAAAAGCACAUAGUUUGACUGUGUCUAAGUAACGUGACACAACUAUGCUGUAUGUAUUAAUACAAAUAAAUAGAACUAUAAGACGCACAUGGGAAAGUAAAACAAGUUUUACUGUAAUCCCAGUGUAUAUAUGCAGUGCAAUGCAAGAAAAAUAAUACUGACUCUAAGAAUUCAAAUUGUGGUUACACGUGAUUCGGAGAGAAGUCCAAUACUGAUACGCCAGCACUACUAAGCGCCUCUGAGCUCCUUUUAUCCCAAAGCGCAAAUUUUUGCAGUCUGCCCUAACAACUCUAUUUGCAGAAAUUACAAUGUAUGAUACAUAUUAAAGUAUAUUUAAACCCCCGUACUAUGGGGCCGCCAGGUGGACUCGGUGGUGCUGAUUUAACAGUAUGCUGGUAUCAGGUUAAAAAUUGUGUGUUGUCUAGUUCCACUUUUUAAAAUCUAUAUGCUUACGGUUGUCAAAGUAACCAAACUAUUAAUAGGAAACAACCGUAUGUACAAAUAUGACAGUAGCUUAAUUCACUAAACCACAGUAUCUGCACUAUAGAAAGGGGGUAGGACAAUUAUUACGUCAAAUGUUGUGGUCUCUUACUAAAUUACUUAAUGGCUUCUAAAUGUGUCGUCAGUUUAUGUGAUUAGUCUAUAGUAACAAAAUUUUAACCAUGUUUCUAAUAUUUCUUGCAGUGGAGGGGAAUAUCUGUAGGUCUGUUAUUCAGACCAUAAAAGAAUUGAUUAAUUUGGGAUUGUUUCUAGCAUUGAACUAAAUUUCCUUGGGAAUUUUCAAGGAAAAUGCAAUACCUGCAAAUCAAGAAAUGUUAUUGUUUGUAUUAAGUACUGAUCUUUUAUAUAUUAAUUAAAAUAGAUUGUAAGAUUAAAAGAAAACAGAUUUUAAUUAUAUGAUUCUCUGUAUCGUAUAGUUUUAUAUGACAAUACAAGUAUAGUGUUACUCA